CUUACAUUUGUAAUCGCGCGGAAGUGGCGGGGAGGCUUAGAACGAUAGGUUACCUCAAAUUAUUUUAACUUAGGAAAAAUAUUUUGGUUACCUAUACUUAAAAAACGCAACUAGUAUCUUUAGUCUUUCUCGUUGGAAAUUGCGUCCAAAUAUAUAGUUUUCUUCCGUAGACUUCUUCGUCUGUCUUAUUUUGUUUUGGUAAAGCCUGCUAAUGUUAGCCUGUCAGUGCUUUUACUUAGCUAACGAGCACGAGUCGAAUUUUUUUUGUUUGUUUUAAAAAUAACUGCCUCAACUUGUUAUUUUGUAACAAUAGCCAGAUAAUUUCCGAAUAACGUCUAUGUGUGCUUAUGGGUAUUCUUUAGAAAAAGAAAUAUUGCCAGGUAUUUUCUGUAGGCUGCUCUGGAAUUUUUAACUACAGAGUUGAUGGUAUUUCGUGUGUUUUGUGCACUUUUCCCAUUCCCAAGCAAGUUCUUUGCAAGAAAGUGGUAUUUUUUUUAACGUUGACGGGAGUUGCUUAACUACACUGCAGUUUUAAUAGCAACAAAAUACUUCACAAGUUAUAUAUAUAAAUACUAAAUGACAAUUUAGUAUUUAAAGUUAACCUUAUAUUUGAGCGGGACUACAAGGAAGGAUGCUGGGCGAAUGCGGCAUGCAGGAACAAGAAAAGCGGGCGCUGCGGAAAUGCUCCGUGUCACUCUGCAACCAGCUGGUGGUGGACGAGGAGCUGCUUCAGAUGCUCCAGGCCAAUGACAUCCUCACUGAUGGAAUGGCUGAGGGGAUCCUGGCGGAGCAGACCUCCCGGAAGAAGAGCUGGCGUCUGCUGGCCCUGCUUCCGAAGAGAGGGCCCAAGGCCUUCAGCAGCUUCUGCUUGGCCCUGAUAGACACUGAGCAGCGGCACCUUCACGACAUGCUGAUGGACCAGAUGAAGAGGGGCAGGGAGGACUGCGUGGAAUCCUGUCUGCCACUGCCCACCCAGGAGGACUCGGCUAGAAUCAAGAGAGCCAGGACUCAUGAAUCCACAGAGAUGUUCCUAGACGCAGACAGUCCAGUCAUCACGGGUGUUCUCCCCUGUUCCAAGGGAUUCUAUGAAGCUCACUGCAAACAGGCAUACAAGAUGGUCUCUAGCCCCAGGGGUUUGGCUCUCAUCAUCAGCAACGUGAACUUUGACCGUGAAAUUCCCGAGCUGGUCAGUCGGGUCGGAGGAGAAGUGGAUGAAGAGGUUCUAAGCAGAGUUUUUGCAGAUUUGGACUUCUCAGUUGGGGUAUUCAGGAACUUGACGGCUCAGGGCAUGAAGGAGUGUGUCGAGCAGUUCCGUGGGAGGCCGGAGCACCAGGUCGCGGACAGCUGCGCCGUUUGCCUUCUGUCUCACGGUGUGGAGGGGGCAGUGUAUGGCACAGAUGGUCAGCUCCUGGAGUUGGACUGGGUAUUUCAGGUUUUUGACAAUGCACGCUGUCCCCAGCUUCAGAACAAGCCCAAAAUGUUCUUUAUCCAAGCCUGCAGAGGAGAGGAGAUGGACGGCGGGAUCGAGCAGGCGGAUGGCAGGGAGCAAAUGCGCUCCCCAGGUUGCGAGGAGAGGGAUGCCGGGAUAGAGGAGGAAAGGGAGACUGCUGUCAGGCAGGACAGGGACAGAGAGCGGCUGCGCGUGAAACUGCCUCAGCGCUCGGACAUGAUCUGCGGCUUCGCCUCUCUGAAAGGCACAGCAGCGAUGAGGAACACGAAGAGGGGUUCGUGGUACAUCCAAGAGCUGAAUGCGGCCUUCAGACAGAGAGCCCAGGACACACACCUGUCAGACAUACUGGUUCAGGUGAACGCCUGCAUCAAGCAGAGGGAAGGCUACGCUCCUGGUACCGCGUACCACCGCUGCAAGGAGAUGUCAGAGUUCACCAGCUCCCUGUGCAAAGACCUCUUCCUCUUCCCUAAGUACUACCCCGAGCAGUGACUCGCUACAGCGUGUAUACUGGGUAUCCCUUUGCCCUCAAAGGAAAGAUGAAGACAAAGAGGAAUCUGGAUCUACACAAUACAGCCAAUCUCUGCAGUGUAGUGACAAGCGUCCAGAGUUGAUUUGAGCACAACAUACCAGCUCACAUUCAUUCCAGUUGACAAUCUUCCUGUUGUCGUCACAAGGUUGAGGUGUCCAUAUGAGUUUUAAAAUAACUACCAUUUUAUGCAGAUAACUUUUUUUAACUGUUUUUCAGUUUUAUACCCUGUUUAUAUACAUCCAUUAUUUGUUUCUCCUAAACUGUAUGUGUGACAUUGGAUCAAUUUAUUAUUUAGGAUGCAACAGCACUUAAGCCGGAAAUGACCAGCUAGUUAAAUAAAAGGCCCUGGGAAGACUACACAACAACCGUGUACCCGUUAAGCUUGAUGAGUGUCACCUGGAAAGUGUGCGGGGCAGCGUUCCGUUAUCGACAUAGUGGGAAAUGUGCCUCGGUUCCAUUUAAUUUGGUGUGGGUAAGCACUACGCUUCAGUGCAUAUCGAUUUCACACAGGCGUGUACAGAGACGCGCAUGCAAUUUAAUAAAUGUGCGAAUGCACAGUAAGGGAUCAAAACAGAUAAUGGAGACGGGUGAGAACCUCUUCUGCUGUCUGAAAUAUCCCUCCGAGGCCACAGGCAUAUUGCAAAUGAGUCUUUCCUCCCCUUUAGUUCUUGUUUUUAAAGGAAUACUCCUUUUCUGCUGGUCCUCUGCACCCCAGAGAAAUGGGUCCUGACAGACCUUUGAGAGUUUAUUUAGAAAGGUUAAAGCACUAUAUUAGUGCCGCCCCUCCCCGUACAUAAAGAUUUAGAGUAAUACUUCAUUUACUGUAUCCUUAACCACUGUUGAGGCAUUAAUGUCACUUCAGAAACGCUUGCAUUAAGUGUGCUGUUUGGAGUCAGUCAGGCUGGUUCCCAGUUUUUGUGAGCAGGGAAAAGUUUCUGCUGGGAUAUCCGGUCUGUUGUCUUAAAACACUCCAGUAUUAUACUCUGUUAAAUGCCAAAAAUUCUCAGUACCAUGUGUCUUGAAGGGUUACAGUAUAUUCAUUUUAAGGCAACAGUACCGGAUUGUUUCAGUGUAGGUGAAAGUUUGAGGAGGUGUGCGAAUCUGGGGGAGAACGGUGCAGAUAAACGGGUUCGUGCAGAGCUUUGCUGCAGCCUUUAGCAGCCUGUGUAUAUGUGCUCAGGAGCGAUGGUCUGGGUGAUGAGAUGUUCUGUAGUGGCAAAGAGCAGAAGAUCAAGUUAGCAGCCAUAUCACAUUUUACUGCCUCCGUGCCGUCUUCGCCGGGCUGAUGGUGCUGCAGGGUGCAGUUGCUUAGGUAUAAAACGUGGAAAUUAAUGUAAUUCCUGACUCGCGUGCCUAUCUGCCAAAUGUCAAGAUGGAUUUCUCAUGGUGUUUGUUUUUUUUUAUUUUUGUUUUUUAAAUAAAAGGAAUUUUAAUCUGC